GAACAAAUAUUAAACUGCGUCCUUGACAUGAGCUGCCAAGUUGUUUAUAUCUUUGAUGGUCACUGAACUUAAUUAAAAAUUGUGAGGUUCAUCCUUUUUGGUCCAGUUUCAUAAUAUAACGUUGAUUUUUUUUGUAUUUAAAAUUGUUAGAUUCUGAGUACGACAAUGCACCGUGUGUGUCAAAUUUCGAAGCAAAGCAAAUAUUUGCUCUACACGCUCAACUCUUACCAGAGUAAACUGGUUUCGCUAAAUGGCUAUGGCAAAGGAUCUCCAACUUUCCAGUGCAGACAUAAUUCAGGAGUCGUGGACAAGCUAUUUCCUCCUCAUCAUGUUUUUGCAGAUAGACAUAUAGGACCAAAUAAAGAUGAAAAGCAAUCAAUGCUGGAAUUUCUUGGAGUGGAGACAAUGGAAGAAAUGGUGUCUAAAUCUGUCCCAGCAAACAUCAGACUCAACAGAGAACUUAAUAUUGAUGAUGCAAAAGGAGAGUAUGAAUUGUUGGAGAGGCUUUAUAGUAUGGCUAAUAAGAACAAAAUGUACCGAAGUUACAUAGGUAUCGGGUACUAUAACACAUAUACACCUAACACUAUCCUUCGGAACAUGCUAGAAAAUCCAGGAUGGACAACACAGUAUACUCCGUACCAGGCAGAACUUGCACAAGGUCGACUCAACAGUCUUCUGAACUAUCAGACUAUGAUAUCAGAUAUGACGAUGUUACCUGUUGCCAAUGCUUCUCUAUUAGACGAGGCCACAGCUGCAGCAGAAGCUAUGGGAAUGUGCUACAGACACAACAAACGCAGAAAGUUUUUCAUAGAUAGAAGAUGUCAUCCCCAAAGUAUAGGAGUGGUUGAGACAAGAGCUAGUGCUCUUGGUAUUGAGAUUGAAAGAGGAGAUUGGAGGGAAGUUGUUCUUUCAAACCGAGACAUUUCAGGUAUACUUGUACAGUAUCCUGACACUGAGGGAAACAUUGAAGACUUCACACAUCUUGUAGAUGAAGCUCAUGCAAACGGGACUUUAGCUGUAUGUGCAACAGAUUUACUCGCCUUAACUGUGUUACGACCACCAGGUGCAUAUGGUUUUGACAUUGCUGUUGGUUCAAGCCAGAGAUUUGGUAUUCCACUUGGUUAUGGAGGACCUCAUGCUGGAUUCUUCUCAACAAAAGAUGAAUUUGCAAGACUGAUGCCUGGCAGAGUGAUAGGUGUUACAAGAGAUGCAGCAGGGAGAGAGGCAUAUAGACUUGCUUUACAGACUAGAGAGCAACAUAUCAGAAGAGACAAAGCUACUAGUAAUAUUUGUACAGCUCAGGCAUUACUUGCAAACAUGGCUGCAAUGUAUGCUAUAUAUCAUGGUCCAGAUGGUCUUAAACAUAUUGGCAAAAGAGUUCAUAAUGGAACACUAAUACUUGCUGAAGGUAUUCGAAGGGCUGGCCAUAACGUGCACACCACAUUAUAUUUUGACACAUUAAAGAUCAGCACAUCAUGUAAACAGUCUGAGAUACAUUCUAAAGCUGACAAAAAAAUGAUCAACCUCAGAUACUUUGGAGAUGGUGAUGUUGGUUUGUCAUUAGAUGAAACUGUAGAAAGGGAAGAUUUGAAGGAUUUGCUAGAAAUAUUUGGAUCCCCAGAUUCAAUGGAGAAGAUAGCAGAGGAUCUUGGUCCAGAACCCAUUGAAAGCAUAGAAAACACCAUGUUUAGGAGAACAAAUGAUAUAUUGACACAUGCUGUAUUUAACAGGUACCAGUCAGAGACUGAUAUAGUAAGGUAUAUGAAACAGCUGGAGAAUAAAGAUCUGUCUCUUGUACAUUCCAUGAUUCCUCUUGGCUCAUGUACAAUGAAACUUAACAGUACUACAGAAAUGAUGCCAGUUUCUUGGAAGGAGUUCUCCAGCUUACAUCCGUUUAUUCCAGUAGAUCAGGCACAGGGUUACCAGGAAAUGUUUCAUGAACUAGAGAGUGAUUUAUGUGAGAUCACAGGCUAUGAUAAAAUCUCAUUUCAACCAAAUAGUGGUGCACAAGGAGAAUAUGCUGGACUUAGAGCAAUAAUGGCAUAUCUUCAUGCUAUUGAAGAAACACAAAGAAAGGUAUGUCUGAUACCAACAUCAGCACAUGGUACAAAUCCAGCAAGUGCACAGAUGGCUGGUAUGAAGAUACAGCCUAUCAAUGUUGACAAGAAUGGAGCUGUAGAUAUGAAACAUCUGGCUAAAAAUGUUGAGAAGUUUAAGGAUACUCUUGCUUGCCUGAUGAUUACAUAUCCUUCUACUAAUGGUGUCUUUGACAAAACUAUUAGAGAAAUCUGUGAUACUGUACAUAGCCACGGAGGUCAGGUUUAUUUAGAUGGGGCUAACAUGAAUGCUCAAGUAGGAAUCUGUCGUCCUGGUGAUUACGGCUCUGAUGUAUCACAUCUAAAUCUACAUAAGACUUUCUGUAUUCCACAUGGAGGCGGUGGACCAGGGAUGGGCCCUAUUGGAGUGAAAGCUCAUUUAGCUCCAUACCUUCCCACACAUCCUGUGAUACCUCCUUAUGGAACAGAUAAUCCUGAGGCAAAGGCUUUUGGUGUGGUGUCAGCUGCACCUUAUGGAUCUAGUGCAAUUCUGCCUAUAUCAUGGGCAUAUAUCAAAAUGAUGGGAGCUCAGGGUUUGCGAGAAGCAUCUGAGGUGGCUGUGCUGAAUGCUAACUACAUGAGUAGACGACUUGAUGGUUACUAUAAGACACUUUACAGGAAUGAAGAGGGUUUUGUUGCUCAUGAGUUUAUUAUUGACUGCAGAGAUUUUAAGAAAUCUGCCAAUAUUGAAGUGACAGACGUUGCCAAAAGAUUACAAGAUUAUGGUUUCCAUGCACCCACAACAUCAUGGCCAGUAGUAGGAACUUUGAUGGUUGAACCAACUGAAUCAGAAGAUAAGGAAGAACUUGACAGAUUCUGUGAUGCUCUCAUAGCAAUCAGACAUGAAAUACAAGAUAUAGAGGAAGGGAAAAUGGACAGAAAAAUAAACCCUCUCAAGAUGGCCCCACAUUGUCAGGAGGAUGUUAUUGCUGAAAACUGGGACAGACCAUAUGACCGUAAAACAGCAGUUUACCCGGCUGAAUUUGUGACACCAUCUACAAAGUUCUGGCCAACUGUUGGGCGUAUUGAUGACAUUUAUGGUGACCAGAAUUUAGUGUGUACAUGCCCCCCUAUGUCUACAUAUGAAUCUCCAUUUGUAGAUGAUGCUAGUAACAUUCAAGUGUCUCAGAAAACUUAAACUAUAUUAUCAGGAAGGAAAGACGUUUUUAUUUGCUUAAAGCUUUAUCAAAAUUUGGUGUGUCAUUUUAUUUUCUCCUGCCUAUUUAUGAACAUACACCAUACCGCUUAAUACUGUUUAUAGUGUGAAUUAUGAAAAUAUCGAAUGCUAAUUUGUCAUUCCAAGUAAAUCUGACAUUACUAAUUGUGAAUUUUAAUUUUCAAUCUCAAACAUAUAAAAUUUGAACAUUUUUGUCUAUUGUUAUUAUUUUUUGCCUCUUUAAGUGUUGUUAUUAUUAUUUUUUAUGCUUGUAGGAAAGUUUAUUAUUAUUUAUCUGACAAAUUUUAUCUGACAAAAAAUCUCAUUCUCAUUUUUUCUCCACAAAUGAUUAUCACAUUUAUAUUAUAUUUUAAAAGCAAUCUGUCAUACAAUGUUAAUGAGGUAAAAUGUUACUUCAGUAAAUGGUAGAUCUGUGUGUGACCAAGGUUACAAUAGAAACAAGCUAGCACUGAUUUGUCCAGAAAUCUCAUUAGAGAAUGAUUGGGAAAAAAUGAGCCGCGUCACGACAAAACCAAUGUUAUGCGUUUGCAACCAGCAUGGAUCCAGACCAGCCUGCGCAUCCGCGCAGUCUGAUCAGGAUCCAUGCUGUUUGCUAUCAGUUUCUCUACUUGUAAUAGGGUUUGUAAGCGAACAGCAUGGCUGGUCUUGAUCCAUGCUGGUCGCAAACCCAUUAUGUUGGUUUUGUCAUGACAACGCUCAAAUACUUUCUAUGUAUAAUUAUUACUUUAUUACUGAUCUGAUAUUAUUUUUAAUGAAUCUGUAAAGGACUUUAUGGUAUACUUGUUACUUUCUUUUAGUUAACUUUGGGUUUGUAUUAAGAAUAUUCUGCCCUACAGUAAUUCAUUUUGAUCUCAAUAAUGUUGAAGUAUCAUGGUUAUAACAAUUUCGCAUGAUUAUUUCUAAUACCACAGUAUAUAAAC